AUGUCUUCCUCUGAGCAUCUAAGUCAUGAUUUCCUCCCCCCUUCGGUCACCCAGCUCCUUGCCUCCCAAGCACGAUGGACCGGCACAAGCUUCGCCACCUCUCGGCUCAAAACAAAACUAACUUCGCAUCCGGCACCAGUCCCUGCACCGAACUCGCAAGAAGUGCUGAAAAGCUCCGUAUGUACAGACCACAUGGCGGUUGUACGCUGGAACCAAACAGAAGGCUGGACAGAUCCAGAACUCAUCCCCUACGGCGCCAUCCCCAUGAUGCCAACCGCCAGUGACUUUCAUUACUCGACGGCGCGCUUCGAAGGCAUGAAAGUCUAUCGGGGACACGACGGCAACGUGCGUCUUUUCCGGCCGCAAUAUAAUUGCGCUCGCAUGCUGGCGUCGGCCCUCAGGAUCGGAUUUCCGGAAUUCGACCCAGACGAGUUGCUGGGUUUAAUUCGGGGGUUGUGUGCGAUUGAGUGUCCGAAGUGGCUGCCGAAAGAGCGCGCCGGAGAGUGUCUUUAUAUUCGGCCGACGCUGAUUGGGACGGAUGCUAGUCUUGGGUUUCAGGUGCCGCGAGAGGCCAUGCUCUUCAUCGUCAUUUCUUUUUGGCCGAAUCCUAAACCUGACCGUUCUCUCGGCGAGGGAGGAUCGGCUCAAGAAAAGACGCUGCGUCUUUUUGCGAGUCAGGAGGGCAUGGUUCAUGCUUGGCCGGGCGGUACUGGGUCGGCGAAGAUCAGUGUGAACUAUGGACCCUCUCUUCUGGCUCAUGGAGAGGCUAAGAGUAAGGGCUUCGACCAGGUGCUCUGGCUGUUCGGUCCAGAGGGAUACGUGACUGAGGCUGGAUCCUCGAAUUUCUUUGUCAUCUGGAGGAACUGCGAAGGAAGACUGCAGCUGGUCACUGCACCGUUGACUGAGCAUACAAUUCUGGCCGGGGUGACAAGAAGCAUCUUGGAUCUUGCGCGCGAAAGACUGACUAGUGGCUCAUCGUAUCAGUGGGAGGGGGAGUCAUUGGAAGUUAUUGAAGCUAAGUUCACUAUUUCUGAUAUAGUUGAAGCUGCUGAGCAUGGCAGAUUGGUGGCCUCUUUUGCUGUUGGCACUGCGUGUUUCAUUGUUUCCGUGUCCCACAUCGAAUUCGAGGGAAGGGGAAUUAAUACCCCUCAAAAUGCAGUCCCUCAUGUGUCUGCUUUGGGAAGUGGAUGA